GGAUCGCGCCGAGGUAUGUCGAGAGCGCGUGCGGACCGGCUCCUUCGAACGCUCCCGCCGCUGCUCCUCCGUCGGCGUGAAGUUGCCGGGAGUCGCGCGCACCUCUACCUCUCGUCUACCGCGACCCGGCAGGGGCGUGAUAAAAGCCCGCCUUCGCCGCCGCCGGCCAGUCGCUGCGUAACGUCGGUAGACUUGUCUGCGCCCGUGUACCGCGCCGUGCCCGCUCCCGCGCCUCGCGCAUCCUCGAUUCGACGACUUUACGGACGUAGCUGCGAGAGAUCGACCGGCGAGAUGGCCUGCCCGAUGAGGGAUCCCGCCUCGGAACAGCUCAACGAUUACAAGAAGAAGGUCAAGGGCGAAGGACCCGUAUUAUUAACCGCCAAUGGAGCGCCCGUCGCCGAGAAGAAGGCCAGCCUCACGGUUGGCCCCCGUGGGCCCAUGUUGCUGCAAGACUUCGUUUACCUGGACGAAAUGUCGCAUUUCGCCAGGGAGAGAAUUCCAGAACGGGUUGUGCACGCGAAGGGAGCCGGUGCGUUUGGCUACUUCGAAGUUACCCACGACAUCACCAAGUAUUCUAAAGCCAAGGUGUUUUCCAGCAUUGGAAAGAGGACUCCCAUCGCUAUAAGGUGCUCCACCGUCGGUGGUGAAAGCGGUUCUGCCGACACUGUCAGAGAUCCACGUGGAUUCGCCGUGAAAUUCUACACCGAGGAGGGUAUCUGGGAUCUCGUGGGCAACAAUACGCCGAUCUUCUUUAUCAAGGACCCCCUCUUCUUCCCGAGUUUCAUACACACGCAAAAGAGAAAUCCAGCGACUCACCUGAAGGAUGCUGACAUGUUCUGGGACUUUAUCUCCCUCAGGCCCGAGACGACGCAUCAAGUUAUGUUUCUCUUCGCCGAUCGUGGCAUUCCCGAUGGAUAUCGUCAUAUGAACGGCUAUGGUUCACAUACGUUCAAGCUGGUGAACAGCAAGAAUGAAAUGGUCUAUUGCAAAUUCCACUACAAGACUAAUCAAGGGAUCAAGAAUAUUCUUGCGGAGAAGGCCGCUGAGCUUAGCGCUUCCGAUCCUGAUUAUUCAAUCAGAGAUCUUUACAAUGCUAUCGCUAAGGGUCAGUGUCCGUCCUGGACUUUCUACAUCCAAGUGAUGACCGCUGAACAAGCAAAGAACUUCAAGUGGAAUCCGUUUGACCUGACAAAGGUGUGGCCGCACAAGGAAUAUCCGCUGAUACAGGUCGGCAAGAUGGUGCUCGAUCGCAAUCCCGAGAACUACUUCGCCGACGUGGAGCAAAUGGCGUUUGAUCCGGCGCACAUGGUACCUGGUAUCGAGCCGAGUCCCGAUAAAAUGCUGCAGGGGCGACUCUUCGCCUACGGCGACACUCACAGGCAUCGCCUGGGCCCGAAUCAUCUUCAGUUACCAGUGAAUUGUCCGUACAAGGCGAUUUCCGCGAUGCACUAUCAACGAGAUGGUUUCAUGCCGAUACACAACCACGGUGGCGCACCGAAUUAUUAUCCGAACAGCUUUUCCGGACCGAAGGAGUGUCCAGCCGUUCGUUCACCGCCGUUCCAUGCGAGCGGAGAGGUGGACCGUUACGAUCCCGUGGAUGAGGACGACUUUGGUCAGGCCACUAACUUCUGGAAGAAGAUUCUCGACGAGGCAGCCAAAGAGAGGCUGGUGCAGAACAUGGUCGGGAGUCUGCGCAACGCCUCGACGUUCAUCGUCGAACGGGCCGUGCGAAACUUCGCUAGGGUGGACGUCGAUCUCGGUCAGAGACUGACGGACGGCUUGCGCAAGUGCGGAAUGUAUAUCAAUGCCUUGGGCAAAUCGGCCAAUCUCUGAAGAGGAUGUCUCUCUUUCGUUUUGUACCAUAACGUAUAACUGCUAUAAUACGCAACAAAGACGUAAAUGUUAACUACGCAAUUACGAUAUAUAAUACUUGUUAUUAAUCGAACAUAUUCGGCAAGAGCUUUGUCGAAGAUAUUUCUUUUCCACUGGUAGCAAUCGACAUUUUUAUUCUAGAGUUGCCGCUUUGUAAUACUAAUACUAUACUACUGUUUUACAAGGGUGUAGGUAUAAAACUGAAUGGUGCCUUUUCACAAACUGACUACAUUACAUUUGGAAAAACCCGAGCAUUGUUCCACUAUCUUUUAAGAUACUGCAUUUUGCUACAGUGAUUAUUGAUUGUGAUGAUGCGUGAAUAUCGUUUAGGUUUUAUGGCUCUUUUGAAGAAGGAGUGUGUUGGGAUUUAUAAAUUUUAAAUAAAAUUGGAAAUUGUCACAAG